UGAUUAUUUUUGACACGAAAGCAAAAUUUUGAAUGCCCUAAGCUUAUCUAUAUAGUUAAGAUAGCAUGAUGGCAAUUGGUAUUGUAACAAUUUUGUUAGGGCUGUUUCCAUAUAUUAUUGGUAGUGAGGAGGGUGGAGAUGAGAACAAUAAGAUGUUUGCCGGUAUAAUGGAUUUCUGGCCAGCAAGAUUAUGUAUCAAUAUACUGGGAUAUGGAACGUUUUUUGUACCUGGAUAUUUUUUAAUCAAAUAUUUACGAGGGAUUAAUUACAAUGAUAGAACAGGUUCUGGUUGUUUCUCAAAUUUUAUUAAAUUAUGUGUUUUUGGAAAAGAAAAUGAUCAAAUCAUUGUGGAUGAAGGAAUUAAAAAAACAGUGACAGAUGAGCCAGCUAAUUAUAAUAGAGGAUUUAAUUUAUUGUUCUGUUUUGUUGGUUUACAAGGUUCUUAUUUAACUUGGGGUGUGCUUCAAGAAAGGAUCAUGAAACACCAGUAUGGCGAAACUGCUACCGAUAAAGGGGAACUUUUCACAAAUUCACAGUUUCUCGUGUUCGUCAAUCGAAUUUUAGCCUUAGCUAUUUCUGGCAUUGUGUUAUUAUUGAGACGUCAGCCCAGACAUACUGCACCAUUAUAUAAAUAUUCCUACUGUUCUAUGUCUAACAUCAUGAGCAGUUGGUUUCAAUAUGAAGCCCUGAAAUUUGUGAGUUUUCCUACCCAAGUGUUAGCCAAGGCCUCUAAAGUUAUACCAGUGAUGCUUAUGGGAAAAGUAGUUUCAAAGAAAACUUACGAAUAUUAUGAAUACAUUACUGCUCUUAUGAUCUCUGUAGGUGUCAGUUUGUUUUUACUCACAAAUUCUGACUCAUCAAAACCUAGUAGCAAGGUAACUACUGUAUCAGGUGUCAUACUUCUAAUUGGUUACAUGUUAUUUGACAGUUUUACAUCCAACUGGCAAGGUGAAUUAUUCUCAAAAUACAAAAUGUCUUCUAUACAAAUGAUGGCAGGCGUGAACUUGUUUUCCUGUAUUCUCACAUCACUGUCUCUAAUAGAACAAGGCGGAUUCUUCAGUGCGUCUGCUUUUAUGUUCCGACAUCCAGACUUUGUUUUUCAUGCUGUUAUAUUAAGUAUUUGUUCUGCAACUGGACAACUGUUCAUUUUCCAUACAAUUUCAUCCUUUGGUGCUGUGACAUUUGUUAUAAUUAUGACAAUGCGACAGGGAUUUGCCAUUUUGUUAUCAUGUUUGAUCUACAGACAUCCUGUCACAUUGACAGGAUUAUUGGGAAUAUUUGUCGUUUUCAGUGCCUUAUAUUUGCGAAUUUAUGCCAAUCAAAGAAAGAGG